AUGCAAGGAAGACUUGAUCGCUUCCUGUUGUCAACAGAGCAGUCGACUCAGGUUGUGGUCAGACCAGAGAUGAGCACCCCAAAGCACAGAAUGGGAUGUCCGUCAACAACACAAGAGUUUUACAAUGGAGCCUGGUACCCACUCAAGGGCUACUUGACGCAGGGUAAUACGGAAUCUGUGAUGGACUCAGAAAAAGUAACUACGUGCGGAAUAAGUGAACCUGACAGCCUGCCAGCUGGAAAGUACUAUGCCAUUAUUGUACAGACGCUAGACAGUGGUGAGUUCAACUAUUCUGUAGAGUACUGCUGCAGUACCAAAGGAGACGCGGAUACGCCUGUAACGUUCCCGGCUUGGGACGGACCUUUCUAUCUGUUACCGUCUGACAGGAAAUGCCAGAAAGUUGAAGGAAUGGAUGUUAGAAGGCAGUUCCUUCUAUUCCGAGCCUCAGUUUUAUCCGGAUUUGUCGAAUCCUCUCCUGUCAACUUCACAAAUGUGAGAACAAACGCUAAUAAAUCAACCAUAACAUUUGAUGUCUGCAAAUACCAGCCAUCGAGUCACGUUGCCAAUGCCCCAGGUUCAGAAAAGUCUAAGCUGGAGAUCGGAUCAUUAUUAAAAAUGGCUCUGGAUAUGGACGCUCAGCUAGCGAUUUAUGACCGUCUGAUCCAUCCAGAUAAAAUGGAAACUUUGGGGCAAAUUGGAAAAGGUGCAUUUGGAACGGUGUAUCAGGGACGAUACAGACCUGAUAAUAACCCCCUUCACGCCCAAUAUGUAGCCAUCAAAAACAUCAAAGAGAGCUGCACUUACCCUGAGAUCAAAGCAUUCAUGGAAGAAGCCAUAGUGAUGGCGGGUUUCCGACACGCAAAUGUGCUGACAAUGAUCGGUGUGUGUGUCCACCCCAUUACCCACAUACCCACUCUCAUCCUACCCUUCAUGGAGCACGGAGAUCUGCAGAAAUACCUGAGAAAGUUCAGAUAUGAGGACGACUUAAAAAAUAUGACACCCGAACUUCACCAGUUGUUGUCCUUCUGUCUGCACAUUGCCAGAGGAAUGACCUAUCUGUCAGACAUGAAGUUUGUCCACAGGGAUCUGGCCGCCAGAAACUGCAUGUUGGACAGUAACAUGGUGGUAAGGGUGGCGGACUUCGGCUUGACCAGAGACAUUUACUCUGACAGUUACUAUCGUCAGGACAAGAACAAGUUACUGCCCAUCAAAUGGAUGGCUCUUGAAAGUUUACGAGACCGUGUGUUUAACUUCCAAACUGAUGUGUGGUCGUUUGGCGUGACGGUGUGGGAGAUCUUCACCUUGGGAAAGGUACCUUACCCAGAGCUGGAGAACAUCCAGGUACUUCCGGAACUGGAAAGAGGUCAGAGACUUCCCAAACCGGACACCUGUCCGGUUGCUGUUCACGAUAUGGUUCUCAAGUGCUGGCUGGAAAAUCCAAAAGAAAGGCCCAGUUUUGUGGACAUAGUCAAGUCUAUUGAAGCAAACCUGGGUGAAAUGAGUGAAUAUCUGGACUUGGACAAAGGAUCGGAAAAUACCACUGGUGUCACUGACGGAAUUGUUUCUUCACAUCAGGAAUUGGCUGAGAUCAGCAACUUAACCGCUCGUGCAAAAAUGGGUUACGAUGAUUACAGAGAGCCAAGACUUGAUUUUAAACUAUUCCACACGCCGAAAUUUAACACACGCCUGUCUCACAUUACUAUACAGAGGGACUCCCCUGGCGCUAUCUGUGGUGAUAUUGGAGGAGAUUCCAUGAGGGUUCUCUACUAUUUCGCUCUACCCGUUAGCCUGAUCGUCGUUGCAUAUCAGUGGACUAAUAUGGAAGACGGCUAUAAACAGGAUGCAAUCGGCCUUGACUAA